UGUCCGAGAGGAGGGUAGAGCCGCUCCACUCAGUGCUCGCGUGCAGACAGGAGCCGCGCUCAGAUGUUUUCAUUCUGAACUUAUUAAGGGGUCGCGAGAGCAAGACGUUGACGAGCCGGACACGAAGAAGAAAAGUCUGCCGUUUAAUUUGUACAUCCCCUUUAUUAAUUCGUGUUCUUGUAUUUCCGCACGGCGCAAUGUCUGUUUUACGGGCUGUUUCGGUGCUCCUGUGCGCGGUGCUGGCGGUGACUAGUGCCCGCAGGAGUUCCCCCGAGCAGGAGGAUGUGCAGGAGAAAAUCAACAGCGCCAGAUGCACGUCCAGGUGCCUCACUCUGCAUAUGACUCAGCUAACCGCCGCCUUCAGACACCUCCAGAGUGACCAAGUUCUGGUUUGGUGUGAAAACCACAGACGCUGUGCACAGUGCCUACAGCCAUGCAAAGAACUGUGGGAAACGAGGAAGGUCCUUUCUCCAAAGUCUUGUGAGAAGCAGACCGAGUGUGUGACGAGCAAGGAGUUUCUGACCUCUCUGAGGUUGUCUCGUCAGGGGGACUGCCCUCCGCCUCAUAGAGCCACCGGAUUCGCUGCAGCCUGCGUGGAGGGCUGCUCAACAGACCAGCAUUGUCCCUCCCCCAGGAAAUGCUGCUCUAAUGGCUGUGGACACACUUGCCAAGCCCCAUCCAAUCUAUAUAAAGGUGUUCCUUUGAAGCCUCGCAGAGAGAUGAGCUUCGUGGAGAAUUCAGACGGCCAUGUGAAGGUGCUGUGGGUGUCAAAGUUCAAUGUCAGCGUGGAGCCAGUCGUUUACAUGCUCCAGUCUCGCUGGAACAUUGGGAUUCAUCCCAGUGAAGACCAUGCCUCUCCAUGGACUACUGUUGCCAUGACCCUUUCUGAAGUUGUGGUUCUGUUAGAUUUGAGACCUCAGCGCUGGUACCAGUUCAGAGUAGCAGCCAUCAACAGCCAUGGCAGCAGAGGCUUUACCACACCCAGCAAACACUACAUCUCCAGUAAAGACCCCUCAACUCCAGAGCCUCCAAUGAAUGUCAGAGUGAGCAACCACACUCUAGACGAGAUAGGUUCACAACCAGGGACCCAUCUUACAGAAAGGUUGGGAGGAAGUGGGGUCACAGUUGCAGUCUUACUAAGCUGGGAGCCCCCCAGAGAGGGAGACCUGCCAGUCCACAACUACAGAGUCACCUGGAUGCCUCGACAUACACACACAGCGCACAAACACAUGCACACACUGCAUGCACACACACAUACAGUGCACAAUAACAUGCACACACGUCCUACACACUCACGCACACCAGAACAAGGUAAAAAGGAGAGCAACAGCAGAGUGACUCAGGGGGCACAGUGUGAGCUGUGGCUGCAGGGUCUGCUGCCUGCUACUUCCUACUUCCUGUCUGUCCAGACGGUGACCUACUGGGGUCAGAAGCGGCUGAAAAGUCCCAGAGCCCAAAUAGUCUUUAAUACAAUAACUGAUACAGGUGAAGACUUCUCCAAUGAGCUUCCCUCAUCUUCAUUAUCUCUUCCCUCCUCUCCUUCCCUCUCCUCCUCCUCCCCUUCUUCCUCUGACCUCCCCCUCUCAUCCUCUCUGCCUCACCCUGAAUCCCCCAUUAACCCUGUCACCCCUGGCAACCUGCGCCUGGAGGUUGCUGCCCCUCAUUACCAUGACGACCAGCUGCAGGUCAAGGUUUUCUGGAAAUGGUCUCACCAUGGCAGGCAGAGACACCCUGGUCCAUAUAUUUUGCGGUGGCGUCCACAUACCUGCAGUACUAAUGUUACGAGCACAGAGAGAACAACAACUGUGCAGGGCACCCAUCACACCAUCACAGGCCUGCUGUUCGCCUGUAAGUACCGGGUCGCCGUGGCAAUGAAUGCCAACCUGGGGUCAGAGGCUGUUGCCUGGGUAACAACCCCGACUUGCUCCUCCAUCCGGGUUAGAGGAGGCAAAGCUUUGCCAUGCAACACUGAGGAGCGCCUCCUGUCAGGCAGAAAGGUGGUACUGCGUCCAGAACGACUAACUGCAGACUUUCAGCAAGUCAAUGGAACCCUGCUUACGACGCUUCGCUGGAGGAUGUCCCAUCAUGCCCUGGACCCGGCAGCUGUAGAGGGGUUCCAAUUCACCUGGACGUUGCAAUCAAGGGUUACCACUGCAACAGAAGGGCAGGAAGUCUCACUCAUCUCCCAGACACAGACAAUCGCACCGUCUCAGCGGUCGGUGUCAGUUAAUGGUCUUCAGGCUGACAGUGUUUACAAGCUCCAGCUCCAGGUGCUAACAGCAGGGGGCAUCAACGGCGCCGCAAUCACAAAGACCAUACAAACUCCAGCUAUCAACACAACACUCUGAUUGGCACUAACCCCACAGCUGUCACCGUCUGCUGCAUCACAGUCAUCUACUCAAAAAUCCCCUUCACCACUGUCUUCCACCAUUACUUUCAUUACAGUGCAGAAAACAUGACCAAAGCUGUAAAAUAAAGAAUGUUUCUCUGUGUAAAGUAGAUCACUGUCAUAUCUGAACGUAUUUCCUACUCUGACCCCCCACCCCCAAUACUUUAAUCACUUUUCAAACAUCAUGAAGGUUGUGAGCUCACUUUAAAUAGCAAAAGAAAAUCAAUCAUUCAUCUCGUCAAUUAUUAAUCUGGCUGCAGUUCUAAAGGCUAAGUCAAUAUCGUUUUGUACAAAUUGUAUGAAAAAAAAGAAAUAAAAUGUACCUGUACUUGGUGCCAGUUUAAAAAAGCACUAUGUAUUUACAGUUAGUCUAGAAACGCGUAUCCUUUAACCAUAUUUUUUCUAUUUUUGUAUUAAAAGCAUUUUCCAAAUGAUUCCACUUGGCAUUAGUGCCACAGCGCCGCAGCGAUGCAGGACAUGUAUGUGAAAAGUCAGACUCCUUGCAUGGCUGCAUCUGUACAUGUUUGGUGUUUAGAUGGGACUAAUCAGGUCAUUUCUAAGCAUCUCAAAUCACUUGAGCCAAAUGACACUUGUAAAGAGACUUAUAAUGCCUGUUGUUUUUGAUCGUGCAAGUAGAGAAUGAUAUAGCACUGACCUUGUGUACAAAUAGAAAUGUAAAGCAACAGACUGACUGUGUUUAUUUUCCUGCAUAAUCUGCUACAUAAUUUUUGAGUUGGUGAGCUAAAACCUUGAAUUAAGCUCAAAUAUAUUUUAAUAUUGUAUUCAUAUGUU